AUGAAGACAGUUAUUGUGUUAGUUGGCCUGUUGAUGUACGAGGCAGGGUCGGUGCUCGGCAAGAAUGAGGAUAGCGUGUUGCGUGUCAUCAGCAGCAGCAUCGGAGACACCGUGCUCGAGUGCCAGAGCGAGAUGGAUUUCAAGGAUGAAGUAAUCCAUAACUUUAUGAACUUCUGGAACCGAACCAACUCCCUGGGAACCAAGGAUUUGGGCUGCGCCCUUGUCUGUGUUUUUGAAAAGAACGCGUUUUUGAGCCCUGAUGGUAACACUGUGCUAUCCAACAACGUGCGGCAAUUCCUUAGGGCGUCAGGCGCCGAUGAAUUAAUGUCGCUGAGGACUUUGGACCUGUUCGAGAUGUGCAAGAAUGAAGUGAAACAAGUCAUUAAUCGAUGUGACAACGCCCUGGAGUUGGGGAAGUGUUUCCGCUAUGGGAUAUUUCAACUGCAUUGGAACCCGGAGCCCCAUUACUGGACUCGCAAGGAGGAGCCCAGCAAGAUCCCGAAGCAAGUGACUGAGUUGCAGAAAGCUCCUCGGCCGCUUAGUAGAAAACCAGUUCCUGCGUGGCGGAGGCGAACGGACCUCAGACGUAUUGUCGGUUACGUUAAUAGAAAUUGUAAUUGA